UGGUUUAUCAGCUGCUUAUUUUACAUCUUUAUUUAUGCAAUACUAUUCAUAUUGCAGAUAUUGUACACAAAUUAUAUAUCAGGAGAGGUGUAACAUAUAUAUCAGAUCAAAAUGGCUCCAAAAACACCAUCCCGCGAUCUUAUUAAAAUAAUAAUCAAUAAUUUCGUUAAUUCCUUACGGCCUCGACAAAUAAAAGGAAAUUUUAUAGGAGAAGAUUAUUUCGGUAAUAAAUAUUAUGAAAUUCCUGCAAAUCCAUCAAUAGGAAAGAGGAAGCCUUCUCGAUAUUUUGUACCGACAGACAAAGAAGCAUUCGAUCAAGAGCUUACAGCUGAGUGGGAAGCAUGGCUACGUGGUCGGCGUAAUGAACCUCCUACUCGUGAAGAAUUAGUUAGGAAUUUAUCCAUAAUGGAAAUGAAGCAACGAAAUGCUGCAGAACUCGAAGCAACGUAUGGAGCAAAAGAUGAUACAGGACAAUUGUUGCCUAAGGAAAAGGAAACGAUCGGCACAUUCCCAAAGUAUAACGAGUAUGAAAUCAUACCAGGAAAAGACCCAGAAAAAAAAUAAUAAGCCAGAAAAUGUUUUACGAAAUUGAAUGUAAUUCAUAUGUAUAUAAAUUUAUUUAAAACUUAAA